CCCCUCACUCCUCUCCGACGCCAAAUUACUAAUUCACGGCCGACGUUGACGGCGAUAACGUGGAGGCGCCGCGGCGCUACUCGCCCACGACCGACGCGACGCCGACAACUAUCAAGCGGGCCUCGCACGUGAGCGCGGUCAUUUGUUGUUCGUCCGCCGCCGCUCGCGAAUAUCAGCAGGCGAUCGCCGGUUGUUUUUCGAAGGUUUUCGUUGUUCUCGCGGGACUAGGAUAAUAUCGCGGUAGGUUGGUGCGCGUAAUUGUUUUUUUUUCGUGGCUGUUCAGUAAAACAAAUGCGGUUUGUUGCAUUUUAACGAUAGUGGUGUUGAUAAAAUUGAACGUAUUAUACAAAGUGUAUGUCUAUCUCCACAUCCGUUCAUCUAACAGACAGUUAUAAAAGGUUUUGCUCUCUCAAAGAACCCGGUAAUCAACUCUAGCCGAACUUUUUCUCCAAUCGAAAAACCGCGGUCUAAUCCAACUGCAAAGCGGCAAAAAGCGUGCCAAAAUGAAAAAGACUCCGCAAUUAGGACUAAGGAUGAAGGACCGUUGUGCCAGCGCUGUUAAAAAUUAAUCGGCCAUUAGAAGCGCCAGUGACAGUGAAAGGAUUAAUAAUCGGGCAUUAAAAAUGCAGGCCAGAGUGAAUCAGCUGCCCGAUCCCUACGCAGACCUGGACGAGUUGAAAGGCGACUCCGGCUCGAUCAGCGUGUUCUCCGGCGGUACCUCGGCGCCGGCCGCGGGGGGCCGCCGCUACGACGGCGUGCUGCAGCGGCAGUGGGUCACGCUGACGGCCGGCAUGUGGCCGGACUCGGACACGGACCCCGCCGGCUCCUCUAGGCCCCACCUCGCGGCCGCCGCGGGCCGCCUGCCCCUCUUGGCCGCUGUGUUCUGCGGCGCGGCUCUGGUCGUCGCCAUCUUGGGGGCUUGCCUGUUGUACUGGUGCUGCGUCAUGCCCAGGAAGGAUAAUAAGCACUAUUGUUUGCGAAAAGUUGACCCGAAUGUGUCGUCACCGGGGACCCAAAUUCCGGGGGCGCAACACCCUCCCCCCUACCCAGUGAGUCAAGCCGCUGUCUUUGCGGAGCACAAAAGGUGCGGGUGGGGCUACAGCAACAGACUAAUAGCUGGCGGUGGCCCACUGCAACCCAAUCCUUGGUACACCAGCAGAGUGAUUGGAGGACCUCAAUGUACGCAGUGUCCAGGAGUGUGUCCCGUACCAAGAAGCAGUAGCAAUCCAGGACAGAGUCAAUUACAUCCAUCGACGUCAACAGUUCCAAGAAAGCCUAGGCCUGUAAGUCAGCCUAUUCCAUCGAGUGUAAAUAUAAAUGGAGAUAUGGUGUCAACUAAACAAGCUCUGCCAGAAAUUUCAGAAUUUAGUCCUAAUAGUCCUCAAUACGCAUCGAGUAGUAUAUUGGACGAGUUCGGUUCUAAGGAAAAAGACGACGAACUGCAAAACUCCGACGAACCCACCCUAAAAACUCGAAGUUUGCCCGCUUGGGUGCGUUCCAAACCGCGACCGUUAUCUACAGAAGACGAUCUGAACGAUCUGUACGCCAAAGUAAAUUUCAGUAAGAAGCGGAAAAAUCGAAUGAGGAACGACGAAGCUGCCAUAAUAGCGUUGAGCAAGUCGAGGAGCCAGUUUUUGCAUAAGGACACGGACUCGUUAGUGGACAACGAAGCGGUCAUCGUGUACGACGAAAGGACCGCCUUGUAAUAAAGCACAAAUGUGACAGUUAGAGUACUGAAAGCAGUGGUAAACUGCAUCUAAAAAUGACAACGAAUAAGCUGUCAUUAGUAUUUCUUAUAGCGAUUUUAUAUCUGGCAAUUUAUUUGACACGUUGGUGUGGUUAAACAUCUUCCAUCAAAUUUAUUUUAUAAAAAUAUCUAAAGAAAAGUUUGUUAGUACAUAGUAGAAAUAAUAUACUAGUAGUGGACUAACCGUUUGUUGUUUUUAACAUCUUAAUAUGAUAUACAGGGUGGUCCGAACUGUAUUCGGGAAACUUCGGCAGCAU